AUGUCGAGCAGCAAGUUGCCCAAGGUUGCAGCCCUACGCAAGCAGCAGCUUCGUCUUGAGUUCGCAAGUAUCAAGGUUGCUCCUCCUAUCGGUAUAUAUGUGAGCCUCUCGCCGAGUGAUCCAGCUCUCUGGUCUGGAGUGCUAUUUGUUCAGAAAGGUCCCUAUGCAUCCGCUAUCCUACGGUUCCAGAUCCGUUUCCCACCUCUAUAUCCUGAUCUUCCGCCCCUCGUAACAUUUGCUACGCCUAUAUUUCACCCACUCGUCGUGCCGUUAACUACACAAACUUACUCGAACCGACCGUCGGAUUUGGACUCCGUUACUGGGGCAUUUGAAGAGCAACUACCGCCUGGCGGAUUCAGUUUACGGCAUGGGUUUCCCCAUUGGUUUGGGAGGGUAAAGGGGAGCACUCUUGAUUCUACUACAACGUCACGGAGCACAAGCGGUCAGAAGCUCGAGAGCGUUGAUACUCAUACGGAGCAAGGCGAGAGCGAGGGCCAAGGACAGGCAGAUAACGGCUUUGAAGGAAUUGCAGCCAGAAUUUCACCAAUUCCCUGCAAACUACGCAGUUUAAAGGAGAACGGUAGUACUGAUGUUACCGCCAUUGACCUGCUUGAGUAUAUCCGCUCAACUUUUGACGACGAAACUGUUUUGGGUUCGAUUCCAUUAGAGGCUGCAGGGUAUCCAAAUGCGUGGCAUGCCUGGCGCGCCCACCGCCGCCAGCCCCAGAGUGCCUCGUCAACCGAUCGUCGAUCCAGCAAGGAUGGAGGAGUCAGCUCGCCCUCGACGCCUGGACGGACGCUGAGCCCGGAUAGUAACUUGAGGAAGAGUAGCCCGCAGGCCCGUUCGCCGGGAGAGUGGAACUGGGAAGGUGUUUGGUUAAAGAGGGUCAAAGAGAAUAUACACCACAGUUUUCUGGAGUCCGUCCUGUUUGGCAGUUCGUCUCGAGCCGGAGGUGUAGGAGAUGACAUGAUCCGAUUUCAGAAGCUCGAUCAUAAUGUCUUAACAAAGAUUAAGGAAGAUAUUCUUGCACUUCAAGACGAGCAAGUUGAAACCUAG